CUUGCACACAGUUUUCCACCAGAUAUGGCGUCAUGAGAGUGGAGACACUCUCGGCGCCUCGGUACGCCGUCGUAUCGUGUCAAAAAACUUCCGACGGCCACCUAAUUAAUAAUGCAACUCACAACUUCCGCGCCUGUAUCAGAUAGUCGAUGAUAACGGUAGCGUACUCACUCGGGUAUCACAAAAUAAUUGAAUUAAUAAUAGUUAAUUUAGUUAUAAGGCUUCUUACGUUCCACUACUUCGAUGUUUCUCGUGCAGGAAAAUCUAUAAUUCUACUGUGAUCUCGUUUUUCUAUAACCAGUGUGGUUCGUAAUCUCGAGUUAUAAGCGUAUUUGUGCACAUAAAUGUUCAUUCGUGUUCGUUAUAAAACGUAAGCAGUUAUGUCACUGAUUAAAUGCUGUUUUGAACCUCCGGAAGUGAUCGAGAUAUUUGAAACCCUAGCGCAAAAAUGUUCAGAUGCUGGAUGUAGCUGUUGCUGCGGGUGGUGUAGCGCUUUUAGACCGAGAUAUAAGAGACUGGUGGACAACAUAUUCCCUGUAUAUCCACAAGAUGGGUUGGUUAAGUCGAAUAUGGAAAAACUCACAUUCUACUCCCUUAGUUCACCAGAAAAGUUGGAUCGAAUUGGGGAGUACUUAUUCCAGAGAGCAGCUAGGGACAUAUACAGGAAACGAUAUGGGUUUGUCAUUAUUGCAAUGGAAGCAAUGGAUCAACUUCUUUUGGCCUGUCAUGCACCAACACUGAACCUUUUUGUGGAAAGUUUUCUAAGGAUGGUCCAAAAACUAUUAGAAUCUACAGAACCAGAACUACAGAUUCUUGCAACACAGUCAUUUGUCAAAUUUGCUAACAUAGAGGAAGACACACCAUCAUACCAUCGCCGAUACGACUUUUUUGUUAGCAAAUUCUCAGCAAUGUGUCACAGCAAUGAAAAAGAUGAGGAACUUAGGAAUAAAAUUCGCAUUGCUGGAAUCAAAGGCCUGCAGGCUGUCGUUAGAAAAACGGUGUCUGAUGAUCUGGUAGAGAACAUUUGGGAGCCACAACAUAUGGACAAGAUUGUACCAAGUUUGCUGUUCAACAUGCAGCAAUCUGCCUAUUACAAGAAAGAUCAAGGCAAUACUGAAGUACCUUCGGAUGACAGUUUGGAUCCUCCUAUGCUUGCUGAAACAUGCCUGAGGGAAUUGGUCGGUAGGGCUUCCUUUGGACAUAUAAGAGCUGUACUUAGGCCAGUUUUCAGGCACUUUGAUCUGCACAAAUUGUGGGUACCGAACGAUUUUGCAAUUCACACCUUCCGAAUAAUAAUGUUUUCCAUUCAAGCACAAUAUUCAUACACGGUAGUAGAAUCACUGAUGGCACAUUUGGACGAAAACGCAAAAUCGAGCCCGACGAUAAGAACCAGCAUUGCGGGUGUUUUGUCCAAAAUUAUAGCUAUUGCUGCGGGUGAGAGUGUCGGGCCGUCUGUGCUAGAGAUCAUAAAUUCACUACUGAGUCAUUUACGUGAUUCGGUAAAGAAUGAAGCCAGUCAAUCAGAGGAGAAAGAGUACCAAGAAGCACUGAUCAACGCUUUAGGAGAAUUUGCUAAUCAUCUUCCUGAUUACCAGAAGAUUGAAAUAAUGAUGUUCAUUAUGAGCAAAAUACCAUUUCCACUUGUUGAUAAUCAAACUCCAGCUGAUAAUUUGCUGCAGAGCAUAUUGCUGAAAAGUUUAUUGAAAGUCGGCACUAAAUAUCAAACGAUCCAUUUCAAUACUACAUUCCCCGUAUCAUUUUUGGAGCCACUGUUAAGAAUGUCUUUAGCUCCUGACCCUGACAUGAGGUUGCUAGUGCAAAAAAUUCUACAUACUCUCUUAGAUCGACAUCAAAACCUAGAAAAGCUUGCUAAGCCUACAGUCCACGUAUCGGAGUUAAACUUGGUGCUAGAAAAGUCGUCACGACCAGACUUGAUAUUCAUCAAUAAACAUGGACCAAUAGUGUAUGAUGCACUUUACACCAGCCUUCAAAUGGACACAAACACACCAGAAAACAUCGAAGCUAUAUAUACGACUUUAGCUUUACUAUGCGUUGAACUAGCUAGUGCUGAAACUGUCAUCGAUUUACUGCAAUUGAUUUUAGGGAUACAAAAUCUAGCUCUCAACAGCACGUCACUGUCAAACGCGCAAAAAUUCAACUUGCAUGCGAUUGUGAUAAGUUUACUGGUACUAAUACCCGAAGUCGUGGAACUCAAAGAUCUGUCAGAUUAUGCGAUGCAGAUUGUAGUCGCAAGACAAGAGGAGGCGCCCCAUUUACUGCCAGACUUGUUGGACCACUAUGGUGUUGACUGUGAACCAGCGAAUAAAGUACCCCAUUUAUUGAUAGAUCAGAUGGCAGUAUGUGAAUGCGUAAAACAGGGAGGCAUAGAUCCAUCGAGACUCCAACAAACUUCGCCAUACGGUGCUGGUGGUCCAGGAAUCAUUGUUGGAAACCAACGUAACAGUUGGAUCGAGAAUGGCGCUAGAGGAAGCCUCAUUGAACUUCCGGCGGCGGAAGUUGAUAGUGCGGCUAGCUCUCCAGGAGUUCAAAGGAAACAUACAGAGGAAGAACUAACGUUUGAAAGUAUGAAAAAGGUACUAACGGAACCCCCGGAGGUACGAAAAGAGGCAGAAGCUGAACGGAGAAAACUUCUGAGCCACACGUUCAGAACGGCCUCGUUUUCGGAGCUUGUUCGCAGGACAAAACCCAAGCACGAUGUUUUACAGAGCAAGCUAAACGAAAUCUUUAAGUCAUUGAAUGCCAACGAAAACUCUGAUCCUACGGAGGAAAAGAAAAGCGAAAUUCCUACAUACGAGCAAAACUUUCCAGAACUGUUUUAUUAUUAGGUGGUUUUGAACUAUAUUGAAUAGGAGUAAACUAUACAUCAAACAUUGACGCGUCGCAUUUUAGCUAGAAGGAAUUGACUUUAUGCAAGUUGGUUAUCGCCUGAAGUCAGGGGUUGUACUUGAAUUUCCGUGUAAGGUAGACAUAGUAUACAAAAUUGUGUGAACAAUUCAAUAUACAUAAUCUAAAAACAUUAAUUUUCAGCAAUUAAGUUGAAAAUAUGUGGGACCUUUUUGCAUAAAACCUGUUCCUUCUUGCACUACUAAGUUUUAUUUGGGUGUUUUUGUAUAUUUAUUUUGUUUGAGGAAUUGUGCUUAUUUAACUAUAUUUUUAUUCUUUCAUAAAUUGUAAAUAUUAUAUUUGUUCAAUUUGCAAUAUUUGCAGAUAUUCGUUUUUGUUCUCACUUUAUGAUUCAUAGCAAUACAAACUUUCUGUGUAUCUGAUGCAUAGUUUAGGCAAACUCGAUAUCAAAAUUUUGAAGUUCUCUGUGACAUUUUUCAAAAUCUAGCUCUUGAAUCUGAGAUAAAAGUGGUACUAAAACCACCACGAAAUUAAAAAAAAAACUUGUUCUGUCUCACACAGAACGCUCCUCAAUGACUACCGAGGCAGUUAAAACGUCAUUAAAGUUUUUGGGGUUUCAAUUAGUCAAUCAGAUUGGAGCUAGAAUGAUGUAACUUCUAGAACUUGUCCUGUGGUAAUCUUUGAUGCAUCUCCCUGAAUCUGGACAAUGAAUGGCCUCGCAUGAAACGAGUAAUUACGCUAUCGACGUUUUGGAAGCCAUGCGAAUGAUUUUGUGCUUCCAAAGAGAUUAUUGUCCAGAUUAAGGGAGAUAAGGAAUUUAAUGAGGAUGAUUGUGUGCUAUAUCACGAUAGUAAUACUAUAAUUGGUUACUUUUUGUGAUUAAUAAAUAUAACGUUGUAAAAUAUCUGAGGUCCUUUCCAGACGAAGUUAUGUUAAGAUCUAUUAGCUGUGAGAAGUAUGUUGUAUUCCUAAGUCAUAAAUACGUUUUUCUCAAGCUCUAGGUUGCCCCCACUUAGACCGUAUCAUCGGCACUUUGAUAGCUAAUUAAGAAUAUCUCCAAUCUAUUAUUGAUCCCUGAUUUUGGAUCAACUUCCAGAGUUGGCCGUGUAACAAUGCAUGUAAAUAAGUGUGCUUGGUCCAGUCUAUACUGUGGAGUGGUAUGUUGAGACCAAAGACAAAUCAUACCAAGACACGGCAGAUGAAGCGAAUCGAUUUGAGAGAGAUAGACUGGUUUUACCACUUGUUAUUUGGUGAGGAAUACAUACGGUGUUGCCAUAUAGAUAAAUAAUCCGUUUUGGUUUAAUUCAUUGACGAUUAUAGCGAAAGGUUAAGCAUUUUUUGUUCAAAUUCACUUCUUUUUGAACCCUUAUGCGGGUCUUGCGUAUUCAUCAUCCAUUAGCAGCAUACAAAAUAUAUUUUUCAUCCAGUGUUUAGAUUAUAAGGUACAACGUAUGUAUGCAAGCAAUCACAAUACUUAACCGACAUUCCAAUAUUCUUUCACAUUAAGCAAUGCAUCCGAUAGUAAGUGGUAAUAUUAGAAGCCUUAGUUAUUAGAUCUCAUUUUUAUUUAGCAUGUUAUCGUUGAAAUGCGUGCUGAGUCAAAUAUUUUUUAAUAGUGUAUCAUGAAAGGAAUAUGCAACAAUAAGACAACUGCUAUGUCUUUUCGCGGUUUUUUGUGGGUUACAGUAAAACGGUAAAUUUACAGGAUUUACUUUCAUGCGUAAAUCUCUCUCACAAAUACUGUGCGGACUUUUGUGUAUAAGUCUUUCACAUUCAUGCUUGUCACUAUCAAUAUGACAUCUUGCCUCUUGUUCAUCCAUGAUAUUAAACAUAGCAAUGUCUAAAAAUACAACUACAAGUCUGUGAAGUGAAUGAAAACAACGGUCCUCUACACAAUUCAUGUGUGUGUACAUAUGCACUGCGAUAAGACUGUACUUCAUUCAGCUUGAUAUAAAUGUAGCAGUUUUUAAACAUUUUCUCUCAGUUUGGCAACACUGCCUCUUCUCGAUAUAUGCCGAGCCAUCUAUGAGACAACCUUCAAACCAAGGGCGUUUCACUCAUAGAUCGCUGUUUUUUGUUUUAAACCUCUAAUGCAGGCCAAACCCAAGGUCAAUCAAAUUGACCGACAGAUAUCAAAGACAUUCCAUUCCACACAUUGUCUGCUCUUGGUAUAACUACUCUUUGGUAAGUCGAUCAAGGAUUUCGUUAGCUCAGACUUAUGGGAAGAAUCCUGCAGUAUACUUUUCAAGAAAAAUCCUUCGGGUGGUGUCAAUAAGUCGGCUGCGGAAUACCGCCGCGCUUGGUAUCUGUCAGUAUGCUCCCGGUAUCGUGUUGGACUUUUUUCAUCAGUCUGCGCUGGAGGGCGAAAGCUCUUCCUCGAUGUUGUCCCCUGCUAUCCCCUAGUAGGCGCUAGCCUCUAAACGAUCCACCAUCAAUAGGGGCAGCAAAAAAAACGCAUUUCAUGACUUCUGGAGGACAACGGGUUAGUGUGUGUGUUUGACAAUUCUAUUUUGACAAAUAAUUUGACUAAUGGACAUUAAUUUUUGGAUUACUAGUAAUAAUUUGUAGUUAAAGAUUAUACUGUACAUGAUGUUUGUUAUCUAUUUUUCUAAGUGUAAAAAGGCGGAAUAGGGAUACUCUAUCUUCUGUUGUAACUCAAAUUCAAUAAAAUCUAUUGCAGUUGA